CGAGAACUGGUUGCACACAUUAAACAAAUAGAGUUCCAAACGUCUUUCAACAACCACAACAUUAUUCGUAAAUACAGACACCUUUCCUGAAAACAUAAAAAUUCGGAAGGCAUUCCUCGACGAUUAAACUAGGAGAUCAGGUGCACGUAUGAAUUACAAAUUGUCGAGAUGGGUUACGACAUAAUUAGUAAGCUCGGGGAGGGAUGGUAUGCCAAUGUCUACCUGAUCAACUGCCAGGGCAGGUUGUAUGCCGGCAAGAAACUGAAAAGAAUGGCGUCGACAGCGCACCGUUCGGAGCUGGAGGUACUGGCGGCCUUGCGUGGUGUGCCGUACAUGUCGCAGCUUCGCGGCGUGUCCCGGAAUGGCAUGAUCGUCACGGACUACUUCAGUCGCGGCGACCUGGAGUCACUGCUCCUCGGGGGAAGGGUGCUCCAGGAGAACGUCGCGAGGGGAUGUCUGGCGGAGGUGGUCGCGGCCGUGAGGACGCUCCACGGGGCGGGGUUCGUGCACGGGGACGUGAAGCCGGGUAACAUCCUGGUCGACGCCCAGGGACACCUGGUGCUGGCAGACUUCGGGAAGAGCGCCAUGAUCGCGCCGGGACGCGAGCCGUCGUCAGACUGGCUCGACGUGGGCCGUCGCGUGGCCUGCCGGUUGGUGGUCGGACGGGUGCCCGGGGCAGACGCCCGGGAGACCAGGCGGACCUUGCUGCUUCGCACACGACUUUCCCCGGCUGCAAAAACCUUCCUGCUAGGCCUCCUGGAACCGGAGCCGAAUUUCAGACUCGGCGACGACAGCGUGACGAAUCACGAGUUCUUCCGCGGGAUCGACUGGCGAAGCGUCAUGAACCGAGAAAACUGCCCUCCGCUCGCGGUAGAAGUACUGUGUGACGACUUAGCCCAGCUUCGACUUACCUAACAAAAUAACCGUUAUUUUUAAACUAUUCUGAAUGCCCUACCAAUAUAAAGUCUAAUUUU